ACCAGUUUAAAAAUUUUGAUUCUUGCACAAGAAAUACGCAGCUAUUCCAUCAUACUGAUCAGUUUGUAAAAGUACAGUACUUUCGGGUUUUUUUUACAAAUUAUUCAAUCUUAUAUUCAAAUGCUUAUAUUCAAAUACUUCUAUUCAAUCUGGUACUUUAACUAACUAUAAACAUUAAAUAUUUUAGGAGUCUAUCUGUACGACAAGUUAGCGCAACGCUCGCCAAUUGAUUGUUAUUGAGACUGGCAGAUUGCAGUAAGUUUUUUUACAGAGGUGUCAUCUUGAUGAAGUUAUGUGAAAAUGAUGUGAAGAACAGGUUCUUGACCUUUAAACUGAUUUCCUUUAUUCUCGAAUUGUUCGUGAUGAAGUUCGCUUCUGGGUUUAGGUUAUCCAGCUGUUGCUCCCAUUAAUUUACAGCGUCAAAGCAAUCUCGUCAAUCAAAUCCAAGACUGGAGAACAUAUGAUAAUCAUCUACUGCACCACAACAUUAUUGCCCUGCUACAUCGGAUAUGGGAUAGCUCCAUGAACUUGAUGAUAGCGCUCUUCUAAUUCAGUGUUAUGCGUUUAUUGGGCUGUUUAUUUAUUGUUGUAUCCUUCGUCGAUAUCGUGCAGUGUGACAACAAACGCGCAUUCUCUGAUGGCCUAAAACUGGUUAAACGCGCCGCGGUUGCCGCUGCGGUUCAAAAACCAACAACUCGAACAACCCACGCCCCGGCAGACAACGCAACUGUUGCGAACACCGCGCAUCAUGAAGAAGAGAUGCAUGGGGAAGAAUCCGAACUGGAAGCACCGGCCAUUUUUUUCAUCACGGUGACCCUAGUAAUCGGGGCCAUCGCUCAGCUGUUGCUGCAUUUGGUGCACCAGUACAUCACGAUUCCGUAUCCGGUCUUCCUUUUGGUCUUGGGUUUCGCGUAUGGAAUUACAACCAGCAAACAUGUGGGCAUUGCAUCGUUCACCUGUGUGGCGGCCACGAAUCCCGAGGUGCUGCUGCUUGUCUUCCUUCCCAUUCUGAUUUUCGAAGCGGCCGUUUCUAUGCCCACUCACCUGUUUCAAAAACUUUUCCCACACAUGCUGAUAAUUGGCACCAUUGGAAUGGCAAUAUGCCUGGUGUCAACUGCUUACGUCAGUGUCGGCCUAUUUCAGUCAAACUACGACUACAGCAAUGUUGGGCCAGAUCUGUUAGGAGAUCCGGAUAGUCCGGAAGAGACUGUAACCCUGUACUCCCAUGCCACUGAUUUGCACGAAGCGACUGAGCAUGGCAUCCAACAAACAGCAGCCCCUAAGUCAGCAUCAAAUGACGAAGCGGCUCAGAGUGGCAAUGGAGAUGCUGAUUACCACCUGGCCAAUCAGUUCCCACCGUUAAGUGAAAUGCUCAAAAACGAUGACGACAGUGCUGAUCAUGAUGUGCCGCGAGCGCGGCGCAGUGCAACCGUUGAAUCCAGUCAUGGUGCAAAAGUAUCCAACAGUAGUUCAGAACUGGCACAUGGCGGCAAUGAUGAUGACAAGUGGACCAUCCAAGUGGGAUUACUGUUUGCUGCUGUGAUCAGCGUGACCGACCCUGUCGCCGCCGUUGAUUUGUUAAGACAUUGCGGUUCCGCCAAAAGCUUAACGAUUGUGUUAGAAGGGACAUCCUUGUUGAGCGAAGCGACCGGGAUUGUAUUGUUCAACAUUAUUGCCAGAGUUAUUGAUCCCGACACCGAAGUAGUUGCAUCAUACGAAACCGGUUACAUUUUUCAAGUUAUCCUGGGCGGACCCGCAUGGGGACUCUUGAUGGGAUUCAUCGUCACUCAGCUUAUAUCGCGCAUGUCAAACAUGUGGGAAGCGGAAGCCAUCCUAAUUAUAAGUGCACCAUAUGUCACCUUUUGGUGUGCUGACGCGGUUUUUCAUGUGAGCGGCGCUCUGGCCGUUAUGGUGCUCGGAUUAUAUAUUAGCUCCCAUCGGGCUUGUAUGAAUCCGGAAGUGGAAGAUUUCAUUCACAAAAUGUGGGAGAUCUUGCAGCUGAUAGCCGACACGCUGAUUUUUAGCAUUUAUGGCAUCUUGAUUUCCCAGAUUGCCCUUAGAGGCGUGCCUGCCGAUGAUUGGUGGAAGCUGCUUGUGGUUAACAUUUUCAUUUUGUUUAUUCGCGGCUUCUCAUUUUGCCUGCUGAAACCAGUAUUAUCAUCAAAUGGCCUGGGUGCAAAAACGUUCACCUGGCCCCACACCGGUGUUCUGGUAUGGACAGGGUUUCGUGGAGCGGUAACACUUGCGCUCGCAGCGCAUGCCGCUGAAAUGCCCUACCUGGAACAUCGUCCGGCCCUGGCAGAAAAGAUGGUCUUCCAUUCAGCUGGGGUCGUCAGUUUCACACUGUUAAUCAAUGCCACAACGCUGCGAAUGCUUUUGCGAUUUCUUGGCAUGCUGGAAAUGCCCCUGUCAAAGCUCAUUGGAUUGAAUAUGGCAUUUCAACAUUUGCAGCACGUGAGACGACUGGAUAUGGACAGUAUGGCAAUGGACAAAUAUAUGGCUGAUGCCGAUUGGAAAAUGGUCGACACUUACACAAAAGCUGACGGUCACGAAUUCGGGCUCAAACAGUCCGAUGCAAAAAUGGUAUGGGCAUCGCAAUACUUGAACCAUGCUUACCAUUGUGAAGAAGCCAACAAAGAAAAAUGUGGGGAGGUAACACCACAAGAAUUAGCAGAGAUGGAGAAUAUCGCCAGACUUCGUUUAGUAAAAGCAAAAAAGACAGCUUACUGGAAACAGUUUGCCGAAGGGACCUUAAGCGGGAAAGGGGUGGAACAUCUGGACGAUCUCACGGACAUCGUCUUGCACAGCGAUAGCGGAGUUAUAUCAGCGGACGAUAUUCGGUUCUACUUAGAAAAUGAACAGUGGACCAACUUCAGACGACGAUUCUCCUCUAUUCAAAAGUGGAUUGACCGGCGCAGAUCCGAUAUUUUCGAAAGUCCAAUAGAACCACACCGGCUGGUGUGCUUUAAAAUCGCAACCUCGAGAUGGUUUGAUGUUCUUAUUUACGUAGUAAUCCUUUUGAACUGUGUGGAGACUAUCACAGACUGGUCUCUGACCGGAACAACAACUGCGGAAACCAACACGCGAGUGCUGUUUCUGUAUACCAACUUUACUUUUAUGAUGUUGUACACCGCUGAAGUUUUGAUCAAGGUUGUCGGAUUCGGAUGGAGUGGCUACUGGGGUCACACGUGGUUAUCCUUCAAUCGGCUAAACCUAUUCAUUUUGUGCGUGACGUACAUUGACCUUAUCAUUGAUUUCGUGAUCGUAUACAGCGCUGUGGGAAACAACAUCGAUGCACAGACUUUGUCAAAUGUACGGAUCAUUAGGUUCUUCCGGUUAGUUCGAUUCGGGCGUGCUUUCCGUUUAUUGAAGCCAACGGUUCCGUACGUCGUGGAAUUUUUGGAUAACCGCAUCAGCGCGCACUUGUACUACGGAUAUGAUAUUGCCCGCGCUUACGUUAUCGGGCAAGAAGAAUGCAGUGGACUGGUCAGCCAUAUCAUUGGCUACACUCCGUUGGUGCUACAAUUCAAAACGCAAAUUGAGAGCGAUGGAAAGACAAUUGCCAAAGAGAUCGGCCUUCUGAACGAAACUCGGCCGGAUAUCGCGACGGCAGUAAAGACACGACAGGCAGCGCGGUGCAUUUUGAAUUACAUGAUCAAAUGUUACCAAGAUUUUCGAAGAAAAGGUUUGCUUGAAGAAGACGAUGUUGAACACUUGAUGCACACCGUGGAAGAGCAACUGAAAAAGAUCCGUGACCUUCCGUAUACCGUUUGUGUGCUCGGUGACCGAGAUCGUUUGUGGAAUGUACCAUGGAUCAACGGAAACAAACAAGUGCUGGAAAUUGUCAAAUCUCUUUUCAUCGAAAAAAGCUAUGAGAAGAACGAUAUUUUUCUUCCCAUUAAGAGCCAGCCCGAUGGGAUCUUUUUCGUCACCAGUGGAGUCGUGUCGUUGGAGUAUUCCGAGCUGUUUAAUGACUCUGUGGAAUUAGGUGAAGUUUACAACUCGGAUAACAUGGAGAUAUCAGCAGACUAUGAUUUGGCAUUUGCCCAUCAUAUGCCGGUGAAGAUUGAUUAUGCAUUGGCGGGAACCAUGCUCAAUGUGCAGAGCGUGCUGCUCGACUUACCCAGGCGCUCUCAAGGAAAAUGUGAGACCGGCGUGUCGGCACUGUACAUGGAUGCCGUAUCGCUGUUCAAAGCAAUGGGAACCGUGCCCGCGCUGGAAGAUGGUCUGUGGAGGCGGAUAUGUACCAGUGUGGCUUUGAAUAUAAUAAUAAAGAGUGGCACAAUCAUGGACUAUGAAACUUUGGACGAGCAAAAAGCUCGGCUUUCUCGCGGAGCGGUGCGUCUAGUGAGACCUGGUGUGAAGAUUAAAGGUCUGGAUAAAUUUCCGGAGACUUACCUGAUUUCCGGCUCAGUGUUCAUUCCGGGUGGACGACGGAAAACUAUCGUGCACAUUCAUCGGGAUAACCCAAGUCAACGCUCAGUGCUAAGCCCUGUUCUGAGCCAGGGUACAAAACCGAUUAGCAGCAGACUGAGCAAAAGCAGUAAACACAGCAAAACCAGUAAAGAUAGCGCUGCUCUUGUUCCGCGCAAUGUCACCUCUCGACACAGCGAUAUUCCCGGAGAAACAUUACAUGCCCCAAGAAGACUACAUGCUUCCAUACAGGAAAUCGAGAUUCAUAAAGGGCGAAAUGCAGUUGUCGAUGAGACUGGAUGGACAAUCUAUCCUGAGUAUGCGGUAUUGUUACUUAUUCCGCCAGGAGAGCACGACCUUAGCACCAUCAAUAUUCAUGACAGUCAGCUGUUCUCCGCCGAGCCGGAGCCACAACACCAUCUCGGCCACAUUGAAAGUCAUGAGCGACGAGAUGCUGUACUUGCAACAAGCGCCCAUUCCGAAAAGACGCAUGAGACUCACCAAGACACGCCUCACCAGCGACACCAGAGCGACGUCGGGGAAAUUGUGACAAUCGUUAAGCAAGAAGAGAGAAGAAGGUCCAGAUUGUCGUACACUGCUUUUAUGCAACAUCGGCGAUUUUCUCAGGUUUAAAAUUAUUUGUUUUAAAAUUAUUUUGAAUUACAGCCGUGUGUGUUAAAGCACUCAAGCUUAAAAAAUGUUUUUGAUUGUCUAUAUAGCAAAUGAAGCGAAAUAAUUUUCGUUUUCUUCAGCAGCUUUUCCGCCUGCUGCUCUUAUCAGAUAAGCUUUAUCAAAAUUUGAAACUAUGUAGCAGCUUGAAUUGCAUGCUUGAACGCGAAUAUAUAUUUUUCUUUUAUUUUGGUUGGGAUGUUGAUGCCGUACAAAAAUGUGCCAGCUCUGUAG